CAAACUCUUUAUUUACGCCCUGGCCAUACGCCAAAUGUCACAAAACUCCUAGAGUUGUUCAGUUGCUAAAAGAGAUAUCAUUCCCUCUCAACAACAACAACAAAAUGCCCUUUUCUCCUACGCCCUUUUUCUUCUUCAACAAACAAAUCGCAGUAGGGAAAGCAAACUGAAAGUUGAAUUGCCCCCCGCCUUCAUUCCUCUCUUUCUUCCCACACGACGCGCUUUUCAUAAACAGAAAAAAAAAAAACUUUGGUCUCUUGAAAAAAAAAAUAUUUUUUUUUGUUAGCAAACUGUUUAGAAGGAAGGAACUUGGUGUAUUUGAACCGUUCUCCUUUUUUUUUUUUUUCUAUUUUACAAGGGCCUUGUUGGCUCCUCCCCCCCUCAGCCUUUUUUUUAUUUUUGUACAUACCACCAACAGUCCCGUUUGCACAUAUGCCUGUAGAAAUGCCCGGUCAUCCCAUGCACCACCAUCACGAUUUUGCGUCAGAGCUGCAACGCAUGUCACAGCCAUCCCGCGAUGCCUUUGUCCAAAAUGCCCCUUACCCGUACUAUUGGAAGCGGGAGGCCCCACCACCACAACCUGGCUUUCCUAUGGAAGGUGGACAGCAAAAGCGACGAAAGAUAGACCUCGAGCAUACCAUCGAUCAAACGUGUCGGGAACACACCAAACACGAUUACGCUCAGGCUCAAGCGAAAGCAUAUCAUCAAUCACAGCAACACUAUCACGAGCAACAGCAACAGCAGUAUCAGCAGCAACAACAACAGCAACAGCGACUUCAACAACAACAGCAGCAGCAACAGCAACAGCAACAGCAACAGCAACAGCAACAGCGACAGCAACAGCGACUUCAACAACAACAACAACAACAACAACAACAACAACAACAACAGCAGCAGCAGCAGCAACGCCAGCGCGAAGCCAACUUUCAGCAAAAUGCCGAUCUACGAAGAGACCUGUCUCCCAAGGCCAUGCGUGUCCAGAGUUUGGUCAUUGAAGACGGCAGCAAGCGCAACAUUGCUGAUGAUCGCUCUGAACCGCUCUCCCCCUAUCCCAUCGGCGCAUCCCCAGAUUCAGAUCCCGACGGAAAACCUUUUCACUGCGACCACCCUGGAUGUGACAAAAAGUACAAGAAACUUAAUGGUCUAAUCUACCACCGCCAGACCGCCCAUUCUCCUGUGGGACUAAACGACCCUAAACCUUUUAAAUGCACAAUGCCGGGUUGCGACAAGGCAUAUCGAAAUUCAAAUGGACUAGCCUAUCACUUGGAGAAGGGUCAUGGCAGUGGCGUAGGAAAUGGUUCUACCACCCCGCGGACAAGAGAAGCUGUCGAAAAGCCGUACGUGUGUCCUUACAAAGGAUGCGGCAAGGCAUACAAGAAUCCCAACGGUCUAGCCUACCAUUUGCAAAAAGGCAAAGCCACGGGCCACAAUAUCGAGGUGGAGUCACCAAAUGGAAUCAGGACAUACGUUUGUGCAGUUCCUGGAUGUGGAAAAACCUACAAAAGCCCCCAAGGACUAGCCGACCAUAUCGAAAGAGCGCACGCCGAUAUGGACCCUUUGGUGAGUCCCUCCGACGCCCCCGCCAGUCGUAUCCUCGAAUGUCCAUCGUGCAUGAGACAAUUCCGAAGUCUCAACAGCUUGGAAUACCACACAUCGACAGUCCACAACCAUAAUUCCCGGGUGAACUCAAAAUCACGCCCAGAUCCCGCCGCCGCCCACAUUGCCGCCAACACAACUGUGAAACGUAAUCACUUGCAACACCAACAAGGUUUUGACGAACGUCAACCGCAUCAUGCUGGCCAUUAUCAAGCGUUUCAUCCAUUUUAUGAUCAGGAGGAUGAGGAGGACUUUUCGGAUGAUGAAAGCACCUCAGAAGCGGACCAAACUUCUACGCUCAUGGACCGCCGGUUGGAAGUUGUUGCAGCAUGAUAGUGUCCUAUACCCUUUCACUAUUUGUAUCCCAUACAUACUUGCAAAACAGCUAUCGUACAACCC